GCCAGUGUUUGGGUAAGCUCAACUGGAUACAUACCGAAACUAAAUAUCAACUAUUCAAUAACAACCACUUAUAUCUUGACAAGAACACUAUCAUCAAUCAUCAUCAUCAAAUUAUAAACCCAACAAAACCAAAAAAACAAAUGCAAAAUUAUGAAACUCAUCAUUCAAUGGAAUCCAACCAAUCAAGUCAUUUAAAUUAUAGAUUUUCAAACCAUACUUAUCCACAAGCAGAAGUUCAAGAUCAAAUAGAUCCAGAAGAAUCCAUUAGAUCAUCAAACCAAAGCAAAAGUAAUUUAACAUCAUCAUCAGCAUCAUCAUCUGAAAUCAAAAGAAACGAAUCACAAUCUGAUUUGAUUGAAGGCGAAUUUAAUGAAGAAAGUUUUGAGCUUGAUGAUUCGAGUAAACUUGAGAAAUUAGUUUCUGAGAUUUUAUGUUUAGAUUCGAAUGGUCAACUUUUACCUUAUAACUCAAAUCAAAUCAAAUCACUUCAAUCAGUUUGGAAUUCCGCUAAUUCUAAUCAUACUAUCACUCAUCCUUCAUCAGAUUCGGUUCAAGAUCGCGAAUGGUUUAAUGAUCAAACUCAAAGGAUCGAACCGAUCUGGUUAAAGAAUUUAAGAGAAUCAGUCUUGUUUGAUGGUAGUAAAUCUAAUGAAACUCAAAACUUUCAAACUUAUCAAAAGAUUAAUUCGAUUCAAGAAGACGAAUUGGUUUUUGAAAUUCAACAAAACUUGAGAUCUUUAGUCAACGGAUUGAAUCAAGAUCAAUGGUUAUAUCCAUCACCUACAGCUUUUUCUCCUUCUUUAUCAAUUCAAUCGAAUUCAUUAAAUUUAGGACUUGAAGGAACUUCAAGUGAAAUCAUCAACCAUGAAAAAUAUUUAGAAACUGAUUUCAAUUUACACUCAUUACCCUCAUCAUCAUCAUCAGAAGAAGCAUCGAAUUUGUUAUUACCACCAAGACAACUUUGGUUAGGUGAAGAAGAAGAUAAAGGUUUAGAAUCUGAAGUUAGUUUAAUUGAUCUUUUAAAUACGACUCCGACUACUACUACUACCACUACUACUCAUCAUCAUCAUCAUCAAGUCAAUCUUGGAAGAUCAGGUGAGCUUAGUCAACGGAAUGUUCAUCAGUCUAGACGGAAUAUGUUUCAACAGAGACAUGCUCAAGGUAGUGCAUUAGCAAGACAAGUUAGUAGAUUAGGAAUGUCGGAAUGAUCUUUUGGGUUCACCUUUUUUCUUCUGUUGAUUUCUCAUUUGUAAGUUUGUAUAACCUAAUGUUAAUCUUAAUGAUCUUGUACACCAUGAUUUUGGUCAUGAAACAUCUGAUAAUCAACUGGUGUAAGUGAAAAUCAACAAUUGAGAACU